AUGCUCUCCGCUCAGAAACAUGCGCGCGCAAAGCUCACCACUGAGCAGAAAGCAGAAUGUCGUCAAAAAUAUACGAAGCUUAUGGAUGCCAUAAACACAGCACGGGAUUCAUACCAGGAGGAAGCACGUUCUAUAGCUCAAGACCAUGGGAGACGUUUGUCAGAACCGGAGAAAAAAAAAUUACGGCUUGGUAUUGAUGACCUGCGCGCAAUGCGGGUAAACAUUGUGCGAUCAAAUCCAAAAGCUCUUCUGAAAGAUGUCAACUCGACCUUUAACACCAUGGAAAAAGAGUGGACUGCCAUCAAUGCACGUACCUCAAUGGAAGGUUUUUAUAUUGCUGUUCGAGGGGAUUUAGAGCAUUACCAUGAAGCUAAACUAUUCCUUACCGCCAAGGCUAAGUCCUUCAUUAAGGAUGUGCUGCAUUUUGAACCGAAACUUCUGGCACUCAAGUCUGAGUCGUGGGUUGUUGGGAAUUUUGGCGCAGAGUCGUCGAUGUCCACAACACAGCGGCUUCCAUUGUCGAAACUCGUCAGUUUGUGCAGACAAAAUAUUCAAGAUGGCUUAGACAAUAUUUUGCAGAAGAACAAGUUGGCUUCAAAGAAGAUCCCAAUGAAUUACGACAACUAUGAGAAGAGGAUUGUCAAAGUCUACGCAAUUGCAAUCGACGGGUGGACUUACGAGAAGAGUGUCUGCAACCCUGGGAAAAUUGGUCGCCGAGAACACCUAAUCAAAUUGCUAGAUGCGCUGGUCACAGGCACAUGCUCCUGGGUUACAUUGAAUGAUGACGAGGUAUCAGAAUGCAUCAGCAACAACCGCAAGCGCCAAGCGAGUGGCAAACAAGUUUACAAACCCUGUAAAGCCGCACAAUGA